AUGUGGUUAGUCAGUCAGCCGAAUUCAGUGAUUCUGGAGAUCAAGGUGGAACCCAAUGCCAUCGGACAACAGUGUUUGGAAAAAGUGUGCGAGAAGUUGGAAAUAGGAGCAGAGGCUGAUUACUUCGGGCUCCGCGUGUGUUCGGGUUCCGGACCCGGCCGGUGGUUGAAUUUGAGGAACCACUUGGACCCGCAUCGUAUACCAAGCAGGCGACUGGACUUACGUGUCAAAUUCUGGGUCCCGCCUCAUCUCCUAAUCAACGAGCCCACAAGACACCAAUUCUAUCUACACGCUAAGCUAGACCUCAUUGAAGGUCGACUAGUGGUAGCGGAUCAAGAAGUCGCCAGAAAGAUAAUAGCCUACAUCGCCCAAGCUGAAACCGGAGAUUAUGAUCCGCAGGCCGCGCCACACGUGUAUCACGACUGUGACAAAAUAGGACCACAAGGAGAGAAACCAGAUGAUCACGAAGAAAAGAUCAAGGAAUAUCACUGUCAGAUAUCCGGCAUGAGAGCCUCACAAGCUGAAUACAAGCUAUUGAAGGAGAUAUCUAAACUCGAAUCCUUUGGAGAGGAAAUAUUCUUCUGUAAGCCAGUGACGCAAUACAAUAAUGCUCAUAAUCUGUACAGUCAUUUGUUAUACCAUCGGCAGCAGGCAGAAGAGCCUCGCGCAAGAGAUGAGCAGGAAAUAGAUGGAGGAGGAACCGUGGGAUGCUUGGCGUCAACACACACAGGGGCGGGGUGUGGAUGUAGACUUAGUACGUGUGUAGGAGUAGGGCCUGGUGGGAUUGUGGUGUAUAGACCGGCUUGUAAUGGAGUGCACGAUAUAGGAGUAGAGAAACAGAGUAUUCCCUACACGUCUAUCCACCGCGCCCAACCAGUCCGUCGUAUGUUCCAACUGUCUUAUGUAUCAGAAGAAGGUCACGAGGUGACUCUUCAUGUGAAGAUGGCCACCUCCAGCCAGGCGGCUGCCUUGUACCGAGCAGUCACUGAGAAACAUGCCUUCUACUACUGUGAGACUGUACGGACUGAUGUUACUGAACAGUUCAUUAGAGAUCUCAAGGGCACCAUAGCGUCCAUCUUCAAAGAUUCGUCGACCCUGGGCCGCCGUUACGUGUUCGAUAUUCGACGAACGUGUAGAGAGGUGCACGACCGGGCGAGGAGAGACCACUACACGCGCACCCGGGAGAGGACUCACGCUGUACAGGAGUCCCGGCCUCGCUCCAGAUCUCGCUCGGUGGAGGCGCUCGCGUGUCGCGUGUGUAUGGACGCUCCUAUAGACACGCUGUUCCUGCCCUGCAGACAUGUGCUGUGCUGUGAAAACUGCGCGCCGAGGUGUGAGCGUUGUCCUCUGUGUCGCGGCGAGGUGGACAAGUUAAUGCAUAUCUUCCUGCCGCUGGAGUACCAGCGGAGCCCCGGGGUCAUAAUAAAAUAA